GUAAUUAAAUCUCUUCAGCUCGUGGCACACAAAAUAUUGCACUUGUUCUGGUAAAAAAAACGUUGGCAUGAGGUUAACAACUAGAAUAAUGGGAUUACACUUGAUGAUAACCUGACUGUGAUUCGAAACUGAGCAGAUGUUAGCAGCCUUAUCUUCAACCAUUCAAGCCUUGAAGCUGAACCUUUGCGACAAAGCUUGGACUAUGAUACAUUUUGAGUUUUUUUUCAAGACAAAAGAUUCUCAACCAUCUGACCGAUUUGAACCACUUGAACCACAAUUCGACCUCGAGUCAAGGAUUCUAUUUGAACCAUUUCAUAAGUAGGACCAAUUCUCGCGACAAAAGAAGUAGUUCACUAUUUUCCCUAAAUACACCAAUGACAUCUGUGAUAAUACAAAAACUCAAAAAAGCUCAGCAACAAGGAAAACAAGAUAAUCGGACUAUACAGAGGUCGGUCGGACGAAAUAUCAGUGAAUUGGAAAGAGAAGAAAAAGAUUUAGAAGAUUUAAUAAGAAGCGCUGCCAGGCAAAACGACAGAGGAGCUUGUGCUAUGUUAGCACAAGAGUUAACUAAGAUUCGUGCUUUAAAGUCUAGAAACUCUCGUUUUGCAGACCACAUGAACAUUGUGCAGAAAAAACAAACAACUUCGCUGUACGCAGCCAAAUAUGGAGAAUCACUUGAAGCGGCUGCAACCACCAUGAAGAAUUUCAACAAGGUUAUGGACAAAACGAAGGUCCCCGAUCAACUAAAACAGUUUGAUAGGGAAGAAUUAAAAAUGGAUAUGUCUGAAGAUACCUUAGACACCAUGCUAUCUUCACUAUGCGAAUCUGAAGAGGAGGACGUUGAUGAGUACAUAACAAAAAUUUUAAGUGAACCACAAAGUCACGUACCUGAUGUGUGGCCCUCUGUUCCUGAUACAACUUUAGAAAAGUCCAGUUCCAUCUCCAGAAAAUUUCGUGAUAACAUAGUUUAAUAACAUUUGUGCAAGUAUACACACUUUUCGGUCCCUCUAAGCAAAAGCGUUCCAAAAAUGCGUCUACAACUGUGUACUCCUUUGAAACGAACUUCAGAAAACUCUUGUUUUCCUUACAAUUAAAGUUUUGACUUUAUGAUUCAAAAAUAAUAAACGAAAUUUCAAUAUAAAUUUUUAACUUCCAUUAUAUAUGACUGAUAGAAUUUAGUCAAAAGCUCCUGGUAUAUAGUGUUCUAUUUCUAAAGCCCAAUCACGCUUUACCGAUCAUUUUAUGCCUUUUAAAUGAUUACAUCUUCGAUCAAACUUUGAAUAAGCGAUUUUCAUCAUGAGGUAAGUUUUUCACAGACUGCAAGUAAGAAUUUCAAGCAUUACAUACUUUAUAGAAUGUAAACGUGUUUCAUGUACUCAGGAAGUCGCUGGAAAAUUAUAAAAAGGGAUCUUAAUGUUAACAUCUGUAAGGUUGUUAGUGUUAUUGAUCGGCUUCAAGAUGAUACUUAGUUACCAAUCAUGAGAAUCAAUUAGGCUUUGUUUGUUGAAACGAAAGACUUUUAUCGACAUCUACUAUAUCCAAGUAAUUUGCAGCAACUCGUCUGAAAUCCCAACCGGAUAUGUUUAAAUUACAUCUAGUUGUUACAAAUCAUUUUCAGCACUUUAUAUGUUGAUAACCUUUGGGUGGCAUCCAUCUCCUAACCCAGCCAGACUUUACACAAUGAAUACAAAUAUUAAUUUAAAAGUAGAUACAUUUCACAUUCAUGAUAACUUGACUCAUUUUCCUCAAAAAACAUACUUUCUUAAAUACAGAAUAUGAAAACUAUGCAGUAAAUGAAGUUGUAAGGCACUAGUUAUGUUCAUCAGGAAUUACUAUUGAUAUAACUUUGAAUGUAUUGAUCCGUUAAUAGCAAUAUGUUCUCGAGAAGUUUUCAGAUGAUGUUUAAAAUGAUCUCUAUGAUCUGUAGUGAUUAAUCAAUUUUAUUAUUUUAUGGGCUCACUCCUAAUAUUGUAAACGUUUCUUCAUAUUGUACUAUGAAUAAUUUCACUGACUACAUAAUUAAUCUUAACGUUAUACAUAACUUUAAUUUUGUAAUUUGGGUUCACACCCUUGGAUUGAAUAUUACCUCCAACAAUAUGAUCAGCAAAUAAUUCAGUUAAAUAACUAGCUAUAGAUCCCUUUCAUUACCAUUUUACGACAAGUCAGAAGGGUUUUCAUCAACAGACUAUUUAAUAAAAAAGUGUGAAAAUACAAAAAUAAUAUUACUAGACGACUAAAUAUGUUUUAACAAACUGACGUAUCAUCUAUAUGCGGGAUUUUUACUAUUAAUUUAUGUUACUAUAACCGUAAAAUGGCACAACUAUUCACGAUUAGACUGUAAAGAGUUUGAAGAGAAAACUUAUUUAAAACCAACAAACAUUUGUUGUUCGCAAUGAUGAUGAUGAUGAGUUUCAUUAUUUACCAAUAAAUUGUAGUCUUUACUUACAUACUUAGAUAUUUACUUAAAAUGGAAAUAAUAGGAACAAUUCCCACUGAUAAUUAGCUAAGCUUAGGUGUUUGAAAAAGUAUGAUUUCCUUAAACUUUCAGGGCAGUCAAUUAAAAUUAACAUAGAACCUGAAACAUUUGUAAAUCAAUACGAUGUAUCACAUCAGGUCGUAGACAUACAUAGAUUACGAAUGCCAGUUAACAGAAAAACUAGAUACAGAGUCUAUUCAAGCAGUUAAAGCUGACGUAGAUAAGGAAAUAAAUCGCAGAUAAUGUUAAUAGAGAAUAAAAUAAAACAAAGAAAUCAUGUUGGAAUCAGAUUCGGUAAUAUUGUAAAUGCAUUUAAUGACUAAAC